UUGAACAACCAAGCGGGCAAUGGUGGUGCCAGCGCGGCUGGCGGGGCAGGCGGCGGCGCUGGCCUCGCAGGUGUCGCCUCUCUCAUAGGUAGCUUUAUGCAGGCCAACGCUGGCGGCGGUGGCUCUGCCGGCCAAGGCAAGGCGGCCGCAUCCGGUGCCAUGCAAAUCUUAUCCGGCAUCGGCAGUUUGCUUGCCAAUGCGGGCCAAAAUGGUGGACGUGCUGGCGGCAGCGCUGGUGGUUUCGAUCCGGCCAUCAUCGGCAAUGUGCUCGAAAUGUUUACCAACAGCGAUGCAGAUUCGGAAGAUGCGGGCGCUGGUGCGCGCAGUAAUGGUGGAAAUGAUGCUGGCAUCGGCUUGGACUCGAUACUACAAAUUGCCUCUGUGUUUAUGAACGCCAACACGGGCGGUGGAGGCCAGCAGCAGCAGCAGCAGCGACAAGCUCAUCAUCAGCAAAGACGCUCAACGCACGAUGAUCUAAAUAUGCGUCAGAACGAAGUUGACGAAGAUUCCGAGGAUAACGGCGGUUUGAUGAGUCUCUUGCCCUUGGUCAUGCAGGCGGUUAGCUCGUUUGCAGGCCCAGAGGGACAGCAAACACAAGAGAGGCACAAAGGUCACGCCUGGGUGUUGCCACCGUUCUUGGAGCAUUUACAUGUUGUAUGGGAUCACUUCUCGAACUCGGAACUCGCCGAUGCGCUGUACGAAAAGUCAGGCGUGAACAAAAUCUUAAAGGGAUUCAAGGGCCGCGAUGGUAAAUUAGACUAUGACAAGCUUUUCGAUUCGCUGAACAAUCAGUCAUUCCGCAGACGUUGGAUCAAGUCGGCGACGCUCUACCUAGCCGACUGGGCCAGCUAUUUGGCAAAUCCGGAAGUCUUUCUCAAGUAAGUUUAAGCAAAGCAGUGCUACAUAUACUAAAUAUAAUGGUAAAUAGUGCAAACGAAACCUGUUAACUCAAUUGUACUUGUCACUUCAAACUACAAGUGUAUCGUGCAGAAACUACAGUUAGUCCAGCUGAUUAUUAAACACACAAAAAACUUUAUUUCUCAUAUGUGCUUGAGUUUGAGCACCCUUUCAUCAGUGUCACACAAAUAACUCAUUCUCCUAAAGCCCAAAAAGAAAACCAACAACACCAAUUCCUUCAUAUUUAAACUCACUCAUAAUCAUCUUUCUUUACAUAGUUCUCACUUUGGUAUUUACGAAUUUUUCCAUACCGGUUUUUUGAUUUUAUUUUGAUUUACUUUCGUCUCCUUGAUUUUGUCGCUUACUCAUACAACCUCAAAAUGUUGCUGUUACCAAAGUGUUGACCCACU